CGCCCGUGGGUGGAGCCUUUUGAAUAAGAUUUUAACGUUUAGUAGACGCACAUGCGCAACGGGUCUUAUUGUGACUCCUCCUCCUUUUUAUCCUACUCCCUUUUUGUUUUUUACAAGUGGUCUCCUGGCUCCUCGUUUUGCGCAUGCCUUUUGGCGUACCCAGUUGCUCCUACGCAAGCACGCGUAGACCGGGCAGAGCGGCUUUGCCCGUCGCUGGCGCAGUGUAUUGUGGGAGUGAUUAAGGAAGUAAAAUGGCGGACCUGGCCAACGAAGAAAAGCCAGCCAUUGCACCUCCCGUCUUUGUAUUUCAGAAAGAUAAAGCACAGAAGAGAUCAGCAGAUGAGUCAAGUCCAGAAGAUGGGGAAGAAUCUGACCGAGAAGAUGGGGGUUACUGUCCUCCUGUAAAACGGGAAAGAACGUCUUCAUUAACACAGUUUCCUCCUUCACAGCCAGAGGAAAAGAGCAUUGGAUUCAGACUGAAGCCACCGACUCUCAUCCACGGCCAGGCACCAAGUGCAGGAGUCCCAAGUCAGAAACCGAAGGAACAACAGCGAAGUGUCUUGCGCCCAGCAGUAUUGCAAGCUCCCCAGCCAAAAGCUUUUUCACAAACAGUUCCAAGCAGUGGAACCAAUGGUGUAAGUAUCCCUCCAGAUCCUCUGGCUGCUACAUUUGAACCCACAACUAAUACCAUACCGAAAAGUCCCGAUUCAGAAGAAAUGGAGAACCCAUGCCAGAAAAAUAAACCCAACAAUGCUUCACAUACUGAAAAAUGUGAAAAAGAGCAGAACACACAGCAAUCCUUUGUGUUUGGGCAAAACCUAAGAGACAGAGUGAAGCUAGGAGAUGAAGGGGAUGAAUCAGCUGAUGUGCAAAACACCUGGCUCCCAAGCUCUGAGAUGCCUUCUGCUACAAACUACUUCCUGCAGUAUAUCAGCUCCAGCUUAGAAAACUCUACACACAGUGCCGAUGCUUCCACCAACAAAUUUGUAUUUGGGCAGAAUAUGAGCGAAAGAGUGCUGAGUCCACCCAAAUCAAGUGAGCUCAGCACAGACAGUAACAAGGAAAACACCACUGGUGACUCUGGCUCUGAAUCUUCAUCACAGGAAGCCACACCAGAAAAAGCCAACAAUAUUUCAGAAUCACUUGCUGAGUCCGCCGCAGCCUAUACAAAAGCAACGGCCAGGAAAUGUCUCCUGGAGAAGGUAGAAGUAAUCACAGGAGAGGAAGCUGAGAGUAAUGUGCUACAGAUUCAAUGCAAGUUGUUUGUCUUUGAUAAGAGUUCCCAGUCCUGGGUGGAAAGAGGCCGAGGGCUUCUGAGGCUGAAUGACAUGGCAUCUACGGAUGAUGGGACAUUGCAGUCACGGCUGGUAAUGAGAACACAAGGCAGCCUGCGAUUAAUCCUGAACACCAAACUGUGGGCUCAGAUGCAAAUUGAUAAAGCCAGUGAGAAAAGCAUCCGAAUCACAGCCAUGGACACGGAAGACCAAGGAGUCAAAGUGUUCCUUAUAUUGGCAAGUUCUAAAGACACAGGACAGCUAUAUGCAGCUUUGCACCAUCGGAUCCUGGCUUUGCGGAGUCGUGUAGAGCAAGAGCAAGAAACCAAAAGUGCAGCACCAGUGCCCGAAGUGACCCAAUCCAAUGAGGAAGACAGCGAUGAUGAUGUUCUUGCCCCUUCGGGAUCACCUGGAAGCGGUCCCACUGAUGAAGUGGAUGGGCAAACAACCAGCAGUACAUAGCGGCCACGAUCCAGACCACUUGGAAGAGCAGCUGCCAGAAACCCCCUUUCACAGGGCCCUUUGUGAGACUCAUGCCCCGGGCCAUCUUUUGCUCUGGACAGCAACAGAGGCUCUGAGAUUUAAGAACUCUGCAUCCCUGUUCUGGGUGUUUUUUUUUUUUUUCUCUGUGUGUGUGUUGAAUUUUUUUCAGGGGGGCUGGAUCAGUUGAUUCCAUAUUAAAAACAAAACACAGCAGACUUUGGACAAAACUGGCUGAAUGUGAUUUUGGGACAUUUUAUUGCUCAUCAUAUUGAUGAGCAGGGAGAAAAGAGUACCAUUUCUCUCCUCCCCAACUUGUGAUUCAUUGUAGGGGGCAGGCACACCGAGACUUGCCAUAGCUUGCCUGUGGCACCUCUUUGUCUUGCCACAUGCAUUCUUCCUCCAUCCCCCAACUCCAGUAGCUCAAUGGCCUCUGCCGUGGACCCUUCCAACACAGUCUCUUCUUGCCUAAAAUCCCCAUCGCCCACUGUGGUUUCUGCCUCUCCCACCAUUUCUGAAGAAAAGUCGGAUUUCAACUGGAAGACGUUUUCUUUUUUUUAAAAAAAAAUAAAGAUAAAUAACAAUUUUUGUCCCAUUGGAAACUUUGCAGACAAUAGUAUGGCUUGUCUGGAGGGCAUCUCUUUGGGAAUUUUUUUUUCCCUCUUGGAAGUUAAAAACAACACAAGAAGACUUUUGCUGAGUUUGCGGAUGGGGUGGAAACCCUUCAAGCUCUGGAGUGGGAAAGGGGGUGUGUUUUUUGUUCUUUUAUUUUUUAAUUAUUCUUGUUUUUUUUUUUUUUUUUUUAGAUUUUAAUAAGAUACUCUUGUGUGUUGACCAAGUGGGCCCCUUCUGUUUUGUACUGUUACGUUUCUGUUACUAUUUAAAGGAGAGUGAAGCCACUGUGUAAAUAGACAUCCUGACACAGGCACACAUGUGUACAUAUAUAACAGGUAUUCAUAUACCAGGUUGUUUUUAAUCCUUUCAAAUAAUCUUUUAUUUCCUUCUUGCCUUGCCAAGGUGCUUAACAGCUGAUUAGGAAACAACUGCCUCAUUUUCCUGAAAGGGGGGGGGAGCUGCUCUUCCAGUCUUGGCCAAUUACUAAACGAAUAGGUAUUGCUUUGGGCACUUUCUCUUGGUCAGCAAGCAUCUUCAGUUUGUGCCUAAAUACAAGUUACCUAAGUAUCAACCUGGGCUGCCACUGGCUCUGUGGGUUUGUUUGAUUGAGAUGUGUCCAGAGAGGGCUUUGUUGAACUGGGAAAGCUCUUGAAAGAAGAUCAAUGUUAAAAGGAUUGUUUCUGGCUUUAGAUGGAGUGUGAUAAGUAAGUUGGGCUGCGACCUCUUGGGCAAAGGCCAUAAAGACUUGGAAUGCUUUGGUGACUUCCUGUUGAGGACUCUACAGAGUGGCACAUCUAUCAGAACAGGAGGUUUUUCACCAGCUCCGUAGAAGAAUUGGUGGCCUUUUUAUUCCCCUCUUGGUCUUGAUAGGAACACGACUCGGUUGGACACCCAAAUUUGAGCCAUUUGCAAUGAAGAUGGUAACAACAGAGUUGGGACAAGGCACAGUCCGAUUCCGCCUGACGGUGGUGGUUGAGAAGCGAAGAGGCGGCCUCUCGUCAUCUUGUCAAAGGGAGCCCUGAAACCAAGAAGAGGGUGGAAGCCUAUUUUUCAGUCCUGUCCACUGGAAAACGAGGACAUUGUAAUAUGGAGUCUUGAGUUGCUGAGUCAUACAAACAACCGGGGAACGUAGGCACUGCCGCCUCUGUGUAAUGGAUGGAAAUUCUCAUCAGGUCUCAGAAGUCUGCCCUUGAGUCGUUUCUCCUGUCUUUGUCAUUUUGGAAGAGCUUCAAGCUAACGAAAGUUUCUUUUCACUUUCCCUUCCUGGGAGAGAAAGUGGAUGGCCAUGCAUGUGUGCAGCCUUCACCAGAUUUUUUUUUUUUUUUUUACUUAACCUUUCCCCUUAUGUUUCAGUUCAAUGCACCAGAUAUGUACAUACCAACCACCUACUGAAUAACACUGAAGACUGAUACGAUUGUAACUCUUGGGCAAUUGUGCUGCUUUUAGGGAGAAUAAUUUUCCACUUGUGUUAACAAGACACUCCCCCCCCCUUUUAAGACAGUUAAUUAGAACAGUGGAUGCACAUCUGGUUUUUUAAGUUACUUUGGCAUAACAGGUAUGAGUGAGAUGGGAAUAGGAUGUAAUUUUAUUUGCCUUUGUUAAAACAUCUGGAGUUAAGAGGAUCCUCCCAUUGGUACAGAUGCGAUUGUGUGAAAAGGCCGGGUGGGAUUUGUGUGUAUGGCAUUUGAAGGAGGCACCCAAAGUCGUCUAGGGUAAGAGGCUACCUGGUUUCUCUAGAAACGUUAAUAUUCAAUGGAAUGUUUAAACAGUUACCCACAGAGUUCUUUUUUAAAAAAACAAAAACAAAACCAAUCUGGCAGCUAUUUAUGGACACGGUGGUUUGGAGUGAUUUGCUGUGGCAAAGAGAAGGAGAUUCUACGUUUCAUUCUAGGCUAGCCACAGUCUGUAUUCCUUGCACAGUAACUGUCUGGAAACGCAUUUUGGGCGCUUUCCUGAGAUGGAGAGUUGGCUGGGCCAGACACAGACUUUAUAAAUUUGUUUUCUUCUUCAAGCCGUUAGCCAAUUAGUGAUAAGUAAAAGAAAACAAAAAACAAACCAGACAACACCCAUGUGUUUUGGAAGAUUUCUGUACAAUUGUCAUAUCAGAUGUAUUUGGAAAUUACAUUAAAAACUUGUAACAAAAGUC